GCGGCGGUGGUGGAGGCGGCAGCCAGUGCUGCGGAGGAGGCGCAGCAGCCACCAUGCAGCCGCCCCCCAGGAAGGGGACCUAUGCCAAGUUCCUCACGAAGUUCCACUCGGAGCAGGUGACAAAGCUGCAAGCCAAGAACCAGCAUGAGUGUGACCUGCUGGAGGACAUCCGGAACUACACCCUCAAAAGAUCAGCAAUCGAGAAGUCAUACUCUGAGGCGCUGCUUAAGAUCUCAUCGGCAUACCUCAAUAAGAAAAUCCCCAACAUCCCAGACAUCAAGACAGAAGGCGGUGAAGAAAAAUGGAACAUGUGGAACGUGUGGCGCACGGUACUGGAGGAGAACGAGAAGUUGGCACGCGCGAGGUUGGCAGCCGUGGAGGUAUUUCACCAGCAGAUAGCGGACGACGCUAAGGUGCUACGGUCGCAGAAGGUCCAGAACGCCAAGAAGUCCAUCGACCAGCUGGUAGUCGUGCAGAAGGAGCUGCAGCAGUGCGUGCAGGAUGUGGAUAAGACCAAGAAGCUGUACUUCGACGAGGAACACAGCGCGCACGACGUCAGGGACAAGGCCAAGGACAUCGAGGAGAAGUUAAAGAAAAAGAAGGGUUCGUUCUUCCAGUCAAUUACAUCACUUCAGAAGAACAGUGCAAAGGUCUCAUCGAAACGCGAGCAGCUGGAAGAAAAGUCUACAGGGGCGCGUAACGACUACCUGCUGAGCAUAGCCGCUGCGAACGCCCACCAGAACCGCUACUUCACCAAGGACCUGCAGAACACCAUGGUGUCGAUGGAGAACCGCGUGUUUGAGAAGGUGGCCGACUACUUGUCGCUGAUUGGCCGCACGGAGCUGCUGACCUGCAGCGCCACGCAGACUUCCUUCACCCGCAUCCGGGACCAAGCGCAACAGCUGACGCGCGAGUACAACCUGCAGUGCCUGUACCUGUUCUACCCGGUGCUGAAGCAGCACAUCCAGUACGAGUUCGAGCCGUGCGAGAACGACAGCAUCGACAAGGUGACGGCCGACCACUCGUCGGCGCAGCAGCAGCUCAGCAAGGAGGCCAAGCGCUGGGCCACGCGCAUCGCGCGCGACAAGCAGAACGUCGCCGAGUACGAGAGGCGCCUCGUGGCGCUGCAGGCCCUGCGCGACCAGGGGCAGAAGGUCGAUCCAAACGAUGUAAAUGGACCAGAUCUGGAAACGAAAAUCGAAGACCUGAAACACAGCAUUAGAAGGUCUGAGACUUCCAAGGUGAAAGCAGAAGCUCGCAUAGAGUGCUUGAGAGCAGGGGGAGUGAACGUGGACGAGUGGCUGCAGGAGGCUGACAGCCUGAGCGUGCAGGACAUGCCCCGCUCCGCCAGCUCGCUCUCCAUGCGGACGGACGGCGGCUCGGGACAAGGGGAGGCGGCGGGCUCGGACUCGCUGUACGACAGCGACGUGGACGCCAGCGGCUCCGAGGUGACGGCGGUGGAGCGCGGGGGCCGCGACGAGGAGGCGGAGCGCCAGGAGGCCGCCGAGGUGGACGCCAUGGUGGAGGCGGAGCGGCAGCGGCUGGAGCAGCUGACGGCGGGCUGGGACGACCCCACCAACGUGGACUGGGGGCCGCCCGACGACAGCGAGCCGCCCCCGUCCGCGGGGGCGGACUCUGCCGGCACGGAGCACGACGCGGAGGCCAUGAGCGCACAGGACGCCGAGCCACGCAUCUUCCCGCCGGGACAGACCUUCAAAUGCAUCGCACUCUACAACUACACGGCGCAGAACGCGGACGAGCUGAGCAUCGUGGAGAACGAGCAGCUGGAGGUGGUGGGCGAGGGCGACGGCGACGGCUGGCUGCGGGCGCGCAACUACCGCGGCGAGGAGGGCUUCGUGCCGCAGAACUACCUAGACGUCGAGCAGACGGCCAGCGCCGCGGGCGCCGCCUUCGAGCUGGCGCAGCAGAUCUCUUUCAGCUCCGUGGACUACACGCUCGACGACGACACCGCCGUCGUGCCCGAGGACGAGAUGCAGCACCAGCAGCAGCUGCAGCAGCAGCAGCAGCAACAGCAACAGCAACCUGUGGAGGCGGUGUCACCGCUGACGGUGAGCGCGUCGGGCUACUGCGUGGCGCUGUACGACUACGAGGCGACGUGCGAGGACGAGCUGACGUUCAGCGAGGGCCAGGUGAUCCGCGUGCUCAGCAAGGAGCCGCACAGCGUCGACGACGGCUGGUGGGCCGGCGAGAUCGCCGGCACGGGCCAAGCCGGCCUCUUCCCCUCGCUCGUCGUCGAGGAAUGCCGCGAGGACGGCGAGCCGCUCACGCCGCCGGCGGACGACGAGGCUCCCAGCUCGGCGCCGCCGGUGUUCACGCCGCCGGACGUGCCCAGCUUCCUGCUGGCCCCGCAGACGGUCGUCACGCAGCCCACGCCAGAAAUCGAGAGCUCAGCGUUCUCCAUGCAGAUGACGGGAGCACAGCACCAGCAGUACGGGUCGCAGUUCUCUGGAGGCCCGCCCUCUAUCGUCACGGGACCCGAGACCAUUGGAGGCUGGGGAAGAAUCCGGCACCGGCCUGCCGGUGGAGGCGGCAAGCAGCGGCCCCGAAGCUGGUGGCGAAUCCUCGGCAUCGUCAUCACCGCCGCCACGCCCACCAUCGAGGAGCCCGAGCAGCCCUUCCCGCCCCCGCCUGACGCCGACGAGGAGGCACCGGAGGCGGCGGCCGCCGAGGCGGACGAGGAGGUUCAGCCGCGCGGCCCCGGCCUCGUGGGGGCGGACUCGGAGGAGGCGGAUGCGGGGCCGGACAGCGCGCCCGACGACGACGAGGAGCCGCCCACCACGGCCAGCGACGAGGACGAGUCGCUGUCGGCCCCCAGCACGGCAGACAACAGCACUCAGGCCCCCGUGAAGGAACAACAGCAGCAAGAGGAGGAGGAGGAAGAGUGCGCGCUGCCCCCGAUGCGUCAGCCGCUCGGAGGCCGCGCGUCCAUUCCUGACGAGCUCGAACCCCACCAGCUGGCGCAGCUGCAGGACCUCAAGGAAUCCAACGCGUAGGCAGACGGCAAGGUCCGCCUCUUCGCCCGGGGUCCAGCUAACGCUGCUUGUCACUACACUGUGUGUUCACCCUUUCUCCAAACACACAACACAGACGGGAGUUCGGCCGAAACCUUGCAGACAUAUUCCGGCGCAACGACCCUUACGAUGCCACCUCCACGUCUGCGCGAGUUAUCACACUUCUCCUCAUCUACUUCACCAUACAUCUCUCUAGAAAGGGCCAUUACUUCCUUCUCUCCUAUCUUAUUGUUUCACACCCCUUGCAGCGGACAUUUCCAGCUCCAGUGUCCCACUGUUGCAUACCAACCCUUCGUCCAGCUAUCACACUGUACAAAUCAGAGUACAAGGGCAACGUUUGCGUCCUGGGGUGUUGCACUCUUUCAGCUACGGAGCAGUGCUUAUGCUUCUUGGGGCAAUACGUUCCACAAAUAUGACUUCUUUCUGACCUCUAACAUAUUGGGAUUUUUAUUGAUGUAACCUCCCUCUCUGACAAUACAAUUACGAAGCUUAGUGAGUGCUAAGACACAUUCUAAAAGGGUACCGGCAUCUAAUCCAAUUUGUGAUAAUGUUUUUAAUGCCCACGGCAUUGUGAAAGAUAGGCGAAAGGCGAGCGAAUUCUGAAAAACCUACACAGGCUUCAGUUUUGAAAGUAUGUUUCCGCAAGCUCGCUGUUUUUCCGUAUAUACAACACAGAUGGACGAGGACUAGAGGGAUCCAGGUAGGAUUUUGCGACUGCAGUAAACACCUGCUUCCCACGAAACUGUGACGACAUUUAGUGCUUCGUGCGUGCAUAAUCUACAGUGAUUUCUUCCAUUUCGGAGGAAACUCGAUCGAUAGAUAACAUUUUAUUUGACACUAGUUUGUUUUCAACACUGCGAGACGUCACACGCAAUUCCUAUCCUAUAUUCUUCCACAAAAAAAAACUGUAGUUACUUCCUCACUACUCUGUUCACAGGUACCAUGUUACUAUUUAUGUACUGUCGACCAAAUAUUCUUCCCGGCCAGUACAAUGGCAGAACACUUCCCCCUUUGGGAUGUAAUGAAUAUUGAUAGCAGAUAAUUUUACUGAUUUUUUCUCUCAGUGCGGAACUAAACACCGUCCGUGAAGCAGAACACCAAGGUCACAUCAUGUACUAAUUCCCUAAACUACGACUGCCAAUCUAAGCGAAUAACCCCAGAAGUUUCAGGGACUUCACACGCAAUGUCUUAUUGCGUUACUCGUAAGAGAACUAAAUAGGCAGCGCACUGUCAUGACACGAUUUAACAUGCGGCUACAUUUGGCCGGAAAUAUAUUAUACAAAUAACCUUGCCGUCUGCCUAGCAAGUAAAAGUGCUCAAUGAUCUUUGCGGACGGAAGCCCGCCUGUUAAGACGGCGCUCCGUCUGCAGGAGGGGUUUAAAAAAAAUAUGGGAACAACAUUUGAAGAAGCACACUGAGUAAAAACCAAUAGAGGAACUGGUGUUUUUAUUUUCUAAAUCUGCUUGUUAGUGGUUUCUGUGCUAAGCUGGUUACAACAUGGACAACUUGCAACAGCGAGUCAAUCGUCAAUUGUCAAUUGCCGUAGUGAGAGCAAACCUUUCUCCUCCUCUCCUGAUCAGCCAAUUACAGCAUCCGCCACUGGUGCGGGUGCCUGUAGCGUAAGCAGAAACUUUUGUAUAGUACAUAUAUGUGUGUUAUGGAUGUUCGUUGUUUUCACAUGUGAUAGAUGAUAUUUUUCGUACUUUUCUGCCUAAAUUUCUAUCAGCGCAAAGCGCACGGCACAAGCUCGUCAUUUACUUUCUCAACAGCAAAGCUUCUGUCCAGCUAAGCUGUUCGUCUGUUGUGUAUGUGUGUAUGUGCUAGCGGCGACAUCUGAUGAGAAAGAAAGAGCUACUCCGUCUGUUGUUGUCUGCGAUCUGCCUGUCUUGAACGCAGUGCGUUGUGCAAGAGCAUUUGAGGGAGGUACCGCUACGUACGUCUCUAUUAGCGGUUUACAAUAUUGUUAUAU